CUCCCCCUCCCCUCCUCCCCUCCCCCUCCGUCUCCUCUCCCCCUCCCUCCACCUCCGUCUCCUCCUCUCCCUCCGUCUCCUCCCCUCCCCUCCCGUCUCCUCCCUCCCUCCCCCCUCCCCCUCCGUCUCCUCCCCUCCCCUCCUCCUCCCCUCCCCUCCCCUCCCUCCCCUCCCUCCUCCCCUCCCCCUCCCCUCCCCUCCCCUCCGUCUCCUCCUCCUCCCUCUCCUCCGUCUCCUCCCCUCCCCUCCCCUCCCCUCCCCUCCCCUCCCCUCCCCCCUCCUCCUCCCCCCCUCCCCCCGUCUCCUCCCCUCCCCUCCACCUCCGUCCCUCCGUCUCCUCCCCUCCCCUCCCCUCCUCCUCCCCUCCGUCUCCUCCCCUCCCCUCCCUCCCCUCCCCUCCGUCCCCCCCCCCUCCCCUCCGUCUCCUCCCCUCCCCUCCCCUCCCCUCCGUCUCCUCCGUCUCCUCCCCCUCCUCCCCUCCCCUCCGUCCCUCCGUCUCCUCCUCCACCUCCACUCCCUCCCCUCCCCUCCCCUCCUCUCCCC